AUGGGAGAUGUCGUGGUCAUUGAAAGGAUCCUGCAGACUAUGACACCUAAAUAUGAUUAUGUGGUGUGUUCUAUUGAUGAGUCUAAUGACUUGGAUAUCUUGUCCAUUGAUGAACUUCAAAGUAGUUUACUGGUACAUGAACAAAGGAUGGGAAGACAUGUUGUGGAAGAACAAGCGCUGAAGGUGACUUAUGAUAAUCAUCCAGGAGGAAGAGGCGGACGUGGUGGUUACAGAGGAAAAGAAAGAGGAAGGGAGACUAAAGAAGAGAUGUUGUUGAUGGCUUAUGUGGAUGUCAAUGAGGCUGGCAUAGAUGAAUUGUGGUUUCUGGACUCGGGUUGCAGUAAUCACAUGCGUGGCAAGAAGGAGAUCUUCUCGAAGUUUAAUGACAACUUCAGGGAAUAUGUGAAGUUGGGUAACAACUCGAGGUUAGAUGUGCAAGAGAAAAGGAAUAUGCAUAUGGAGGUGAAUGGAAUCAUGCAAGUAAUCACUAACUUGUUCUAUAUGCCAGACCUCAAAAAUAAUUUACUUAGUAUUGGACAGCUAAAAGAAAAAGGUCUGACAAUUAUCAUGCAACAUGACAAGUGCAAAGUAUUUCAUCUUGAGCGGGGUCUAAUUAUGGAGAUAGCAAUGGCAGCCAAAAGAAUGCUCAUUAUCUUGGCUCGUUCACAACUUUGGGAGCAAAGAUGCCUCAUCUCUAUGACAGAAGACCAACUAUAA